UGGCGACGGCGAUGCGGCGCGGCCCUGCGCGGCCAUGAGGCUGACGCGGGCCGUCGUGCUCGCACGAUCCAAAGCCGCCGCGCUCGACGGUGUCCGCCGCCUAAACUGCUGGGGCAGCCGCCUGACCGAUAUAUCCAUAUGCCGGGAUUUACCCAACAUCGAGGUGAUCACAUUCAGCGUGAAUGGCAUCUCUGACCUUGAGCCUCUGAACCAGUGCCAGAAUCUGAGUGAACUCUACCUGAGGAAGAACAACAUUGCAAGCCUAAAUGAGCUCUUCUACCUCAAAAACCUGCCCCGGCUGCGGGUCCUGUGGCUGUCAGAAAACCCCUGCUGUGGCUCAGACCCCCACCACUACCGGAUGACGGUGCUGCGUAACCUGCCCAGCCUGCAGAAGCUUGAUAACCAAGCUGUGACAGAGGAAGAACUGUCCCAGGCGCUGGUGGAUGGGGAGGAGAUCACAGCCCCACCAGCUAGGAGGAAGGUGGAGAAUGGCAGCCCUGAAUCCAGUGCAGCCGAGUCCACAACGGAGACCGAGAGUGAGCUGCUGAACAUCAGUCUGGAGGAGACAAACAAAAUUCGAGAGGAGCUUGGUAUGAAGCCUCUUCCCAGGGACAAGUUUUCCUCCUUUUCACCUCGAGAGACAGACUGCAGCCGAAAGAAGAGAAACAAUAUCCUGAAUGCCAUCCUGCUCCUCCUGAAGGAACUGGACACGGAGGGGCUGGAGCUUGUUCAGCAGUCGGUGGGGCGGAGGCUCCAGGCCUCUCGGAAGAAGGAGCUGCAGGAGGACUGACAACGCACAUUACAGACCUCCCUGGAGCACCAGCCCAGCCCCGGGGUGCUGCUCUGCCCACACAUGCCUGGCUGCAGCCCAAGCCUCCGUGCUUCCUGCUGUGUUUCCCCUGCAGUGGAGCUGGGACUGAGUGCCGCUGGCUGCCCCUGUAGCUCCUGACAUCGUCCCUCGGCUGUGCCCAUCGUGCUGGGGCUGGCAGUGCCUGCCCUGGCUCUCAGGAGCUUUCCUGCUCGCAUAGCAGGUUCCAUUAACCUUUGUACCUGGUGUGGCUGGGGUGGUUUGGUGUGAGCUGCAGGCAAGUCAGUGUAGCAGGAGGGAGCAGGGCUCAGUGAGGGACUCUGCUGUGUGAUCAAAGGGGAUGGCAGAGCUGGCUGGUGGCUAGAAAGCUCGCUGCUGCUUGGUGCCUUCCUGCUGGGCCAGCUCUGUGUGGAGCAGACUCUGAAGGCAGUUUCUACCACAAAGAUUGGCUUUUGUGAAGUCUCUCAGGGAGAUGCUGCCUGGAAUGAACACCAAGAGCUGUCUGGUGCAGACUAAGGUCAAAUGUCUAAUUUCUCUGUGUCUUCAGCUCCUGAGUUCUCCAGGUCCCCAUCAGCACAUGUAGCAUCUGACUUGGCAGUCAGGCAGCCUGGGGAAGAGCUCGGUGCAGCCUAGGUGAGACAAAUUUCUCUCUGCCAGAUUCUGAAUGCUCAGCUGUGCUCUUACCCCCACAUGCCCCUGCAGGCAUUAGAGCAGCUUAAGGAGCUGUCAGGUCAGAGUGAGCAGCCUCUGUGCUUUCUGCAGUCAGGGAAGGAAAACAAUCCAAGCUUUACUGCCCAGUUUGCACAGGCAGCUGCAUUUACCAAGAUUUGAUGGAGAGCUGUUAAAUACAAACUAAAAGCCUUGUGACACACCCAAUAAAACCAAUUAGCCCUCCAGGACGUGUCAGUUGUGGCUGGACUUUGGCAAACAUGGCAAGAAAAACUGACCCUGGGCAUCGCUCCAUUAGGUCUGGUUCACAGCUCACAUUGUCUGCCCUGCAGAGCAGGAGGAGGGCUGCGGGCCCCUGCCCCUUCCCGCUUCACUGGCCCUGGCAACUGGCUCCCCUGCCUCCAGGCUGCUGCAGGGCUGCUCUUCAAAGCCACUGUCCUCUGUAAGAGCCUUGCUUACAGAGGACAGGAAUCAAAAGAGCUGGUGAGCAAAGCUCAUUUGUGUGUGCAGAGGUGAAAGCCUGCCCAGGCAGGAUGGUGGCCCCUGAGCCGCAGGACACAAGGCCUCUCUGCUGUGGU